CCUGCUUACAACUACUUUCAACUGCCCACAACUAACUGCCCUACUAAUCCAUGCCUUCCAAUGCCCGGGCAGUAGGUCGCGGGACCCUUCCACUACGUGUAGGCUUUGCAACACGACUUUCGGCCACUGCAGAGGCUGCAGGGCCACGUGAAGCUCGUGAUGUUGUGCCGCCCCAGCCACCGCGUUAUGUGCCUUGGUAUUGUGAAGCUCGUGAUGCUGUGCCGCCCCAGCCACCGCGUUAUGUGCCUUGGUAUUGUGAAGCUCGUGAUGCUGUGCCGCCCCGGCUACCGCGCUGUGUGCCCCGGGUUCCUGUGCCCCGGCUACCCCGAGCUACAUUAAGGUUGUUGAUAGUACGGCGAGGAGGUUCCACAAGUUAGCUGAGCUCAUUAAUAUCGUCGUCGUCGUCGAUAACGUCGUCGUCGAUAACGUCGUCGUCGUUGAUAUCGUCCUCGUCGUCAAGAGUAACCCCCUCCCACUUUGAGGCAUGCCGGCGAAUAGAAGGCAUAAGCCCGGACAGCCUACCCGGCCGCCCGGCCGGCUGUGUGGCUCUCAGCUGUG